AUGCAGGAGGAGGUGAUGAAAAUUUUGGCGGAUGCUUUAAAUUUUCUACGUGAGACAAGAAUUGUGGUUGUGGCUGUGGAUGUGUUGGACCAGAGGGAGUUCAGAGGAGAGUUAUUGGCAUCCUGUAAAGGUUACAACAUGACCAAUGUGUUGCUGAGUUUUGGGUACUCUGCUGAGAACCCAGGCAACUCGGAGAGUACUUUAUUUUAUGCCCUCAAACCCUAUCCGGAAUAUUAUUGGACCUCCUUCAGUCCCGGAGAUAUUGAGUUGAAAAACCUAAAAUAUUUCCCCCAACAUUGGCAACACUUCAAUGCCACCCUGAAAAUGGCCUUCCCCCUGGACAUGGAGAAUCCCAAACACUAUACGGCGAUACUAAAAGACAUGGUGGAAACCAAUCUGCUGGACAUACCAAUGACAAUGCACACGAAUCCCGACUAUGACAGAUGGUUCAACAUGACCGAUGCCUAUCAGCAUGACCAUGGCAUGCUAAUUGUACCCUGUGCCCAGGCUCUGAGCAUACGUGAGGUCUAUGCCAUCAUCUUGAAUUGGACCUUCCUGGGUUCCGUCAUUCUCUGCACGGUGAUUUUUUCCUUACUUCAAUCCCUUAUCGAUUAUCUCUUUGAUGGCCUCUUGGAUCUCUCCAGAUUACUGCUAAGUGAGAGAAUAUUUCCUGCCGUGUUGGGGCAAGAAUUUACCCCACCCCCUAAGCCGCCAAGGAGAAUCUUAAAAUUUAUCUACCUCCUUCUCUUCAUUGCCGGCCUCUUUCUCAACACCCUGUUCUCGACAAAUGUCAGUACCCUGCUGACCAGUCCACCCAAACAUCGUCAGCUGAAAAGCAUCCAGGAUAUAAUGGAGUCAUCGGUGAAAAUUCUUCUCCAUGAUGCCGAGGCCUAUGCCAUGAGAUAUCGAAUCGUAGACUAUCUUCCGGCUGUGAUCACCACCAGCAACUACACCUAUCUGGAUAGCCUACGCACGGAUUAUAACACCUCCUAUAGCUACUAUAGCUCCUCAACGGGUUGGGAAAAGGAUACACGCCGACAACAAUACCUGUCCCAUAAACACUUCUGUACCUAUGACGGCUUGAUUCUCUAUCCCUAUAUGCCUUGGGGCAUCCCCCUGCAACAGAACUCCCCCUACAGGGAGGGACUCAAUUAUCUACUGCAUUGGGUUCAUGCUUUUGGUUUUAUGGAAUACUGGUCGGAUAGCGCUUUUUGGGAUCUGCUGAAAUUGAAACAGGUAUCGAUACGUGAUCCAUAUGUGGAGCCAGGACCACAGCCUUUAACAGCAAAUGAUUUAUUCUGGACCUGGAUGAUAUUGAUUGGGGGAUUGGUGGCCAGUGGGAUAAUAUUUCUUAUGGAGAUUUUAUAUGAUCGGAAACAUGGAGGUCAAAGGGCAAAAUUUAAUUACUAUUAA